AUGGAGGAGUUGAAGCCUGCACCCUUGCGUCCAAGACCACUGCAAUGUGACUUCCAAAACCUGAAGACCUGGCUAAGGCAGUGUGAAACCGUCCACGGGUCUCUGUGCUCUUCACCUGGAUAUGAUGAAGUCCCAGCCUUCCGCCUGGUGGACACUUGCAGCCGCUGCAUUAUCGAUGCCUCUGUUUUCGAGAAAACACCAAAGUAUCUCACACUCAGUUACGUGUGGGGAACGGGCGCCCAGAAGUGGCAUCUUACAGCCAGAAGCCUGGCGUCUGUCUGCGAAGAGGGUUUCCUCGAUACUGUGCCCCUCGCAACGACCAUAUGUGAUGCUAUGCAACUUGUGCGCAAGAUCGGAGAGCGCUUUCUCUGGGUCGAUAGCCUAUGCAUCAUACAAGAUUCGGAGGAAGAUAAGCUACAACAGAUUCCGUAUAUGGGCAGCAUCUAUGAACAGGCUCUUGUCACAAUCGUUGCUGCAUCAGCUGAAGACGCAAAUGGAGGCCUGCCUGGUGUAAGACCGGGAACACGAAAUCUUCAGCCACACGUCCUGCAAACAGAAGAAUUGACCUUGACGUCCACUUUGGAGACAGAGAUCGAGAACUCGACUGGCUACAACCAUGGUUUCUGGCCAAUAGAUACUCGCAAAUGGACAUUUCAAGAGAGUAUUCUUUCUCGACGCUGCCUUAUCUUCUCCAAGGAGCAGGUGUAUUGGCAAUGUCGGCGUACAAUGUGGUCUGAAGAGAUGUUACUACAGCCGACGCAAAAAUCCGCAUUUGCAGGAUGGACACUUUGGUGUCUGAAGAGAAAAAAGAUCAACAUCAACGCAGUUGCAGGCGAGGCUGAAGGGAAAUUUGCCAAGACAUACAGAGACCUUGUCCGGGACUACAGCAAUCGGUCUUCGACAUUUCAUGUUGAUACAUUGCAUGCUUUUCAGGGCAUUAUCUCCGUCAUCACCCGUCUAACAGAUGUUAAGUUCAUUUGGGCCAUUCCUCAGCCCGGGUUCGAUUACUACUUGCUGUGGACUGACAAUAGAUCUCCAGGCCGAGGGAGUCGAUCUGCCACUACUGUAUUCCCCUCUUGGUCUUGGAUCGCUUGGCAAGGCGAAGUGAAACCACCACUCUUAGCUGAUGUUCCAGAAUUGGAAUGUUAUGUCCUUGAAUGUGAUGAAAUUUGCUUGGACUUGGCGAAUACCCCGCUGUUGAGAAUUCAUGGUGAUAGUAAGCGCAUCCAAACUCUACCAAAUUUUAAGCACCAAGCCCCGACUUACCCAAUGCGAGAGUGGAAGCACAAAGACCUGACUGUCACCACUACCGACAUCUCAAAGUUGCAUGUCAAGGCAUCUCUGGUCGGCAGAUUCCACAUCUUUUUCUGGACCAGUUUGGCCAGUCUUUAUGUUUGUGACGACCAAGAGGAAAUAAGACUUUGCUUGCCAGUGACAAGGAAGUGCUUACAUGCAUGUUCUGACUUCAUGUCAGGCGAGACAUCCUCAGGUGAAAGGGUUGUUAAGCUCGAGCCGGGCCGACAGGUCAGACGGUGGUCCAUGCAACACGGUCGUGCGGCGGCAGCGGCGCCAUCACUUCAAGACUUCAUUGUUGUCGGAAGUAUGGUAGAUCAUACUCCAUCAGCUUUAACAAUUAUGAUGAUAAGCUGGAAAGAGGGUAUAGCUCAGCGGGAAUAUUUGACGACCAUAAACGAGAAGGACUGGAUGGAAACUGAUAGGAGCUGGCGAUUAGUUGUGCUUGGAUAA